CGACAAAAGCUCUAGAAUAUUCGAGAGUCUUCCUUGGUAGGCGAUUUGCUCUCGACUAAUCUCAGCCGUCCAAAACCUCUUUCCCUCACUUAAAACCGCAGAUCUACUCUGACCUAAUCUCUCUCUCUCUCUCCUUCGCUCUAGCUUCGCCGCACCUCCGCAACUCCGAUUCUCAGCUAGUAUAAAGAGCAGCAGAGAUGUUUGGGAGAGCGCCGAAGAAAAGCGAUAAUACCAAAUACUAUGAGGUAUUGGGUGUGUCGAAGAAUGCUUCGCAGGACGAUCUGAAGAAGGCGUAUCGUAAAUCCGCAAUUAAAAAUCAUCCUGAUAAAGGCGGAGAUCCGGAAAAGUUUAAAGAGAUUGCCCAAGCAUAUGAAGUAUUGAGUGAUCCAGAGAAGCGUGAGAUCUAUGAUCAGUAUGGUGAGGAUGCUCUCAAGGAAGGAAUGGGUGGUGGAGGUGGCCAAGGCCACAACCCCUUUGACAUUUUUGAGUCCUUUUUUGGCGGUGGCAAUCCGUUCGGAGGUGGUGGAAGUAGCAGAGGUAGGAGGCAAAGAAGGGGAGAGGAUGUUAUUCAUCCUCUCAAAGUUUCUUUAGAUGACUUGUAUAAUGGAACAUCCAAGAAGCUGUCUCUGUCGCGCAAUGUACUCUGCCCCAAAUGCAAGGGGAAAGGGUCAAAAUCUGGAGCUUCAAUGAAAUGUGCUGGUUGUCAAGGAUCUGGGAUGAAAGUUUCUAUCAGACACCUUGGCCCUUCUAUGAUUCAACAAAUGCAACAUCCUUGCAAUGAGUGCAAGGGUACUGGUGAAACCAUUAGCGACAAGGACCGCUGCCCUCAGUGCAAGGGCGAGAAGGUUACACAGGAAAAGAAGGUUUUGGAAGUUGUAGUUGAGAAGGGUAUGCAGCACGGACAGAAAAUCACGUUCCCAGGAGAAGCUGAUGAAGCGCCUGAAACUGUCACUGGAGAUAUCGUCUUUGUACUUCAACAAAAGGAGCACCCUAAGUUCAAGAGGAAGGGUGAUGAUCUUUUUGUCGAACAUACAUUGACCCUUACUGAAGCACUAUGCGGCUUCCGAUUUAUAUUGACUCACUUGGAUGGCCGUCAACUCCUCAUUAAAUCUGAACCUGGGGAAGUUAUUAAGCCUGAUCAAUCCAAGGCGAUCAAUGAUGAAGGGAUGCCCAUGUACCAGAGGUCCUUCAUGAAAGGAAAAUUGUAUAUUCAGUUCAACGUGGAAUUCCCCGAUAUGUUGAGCCCGGAGCAGAGCAAAGCCCUGGAGGCUGUACUGCCCCCAAGGCCUGCAACUAAGCUGACGGAGAUGGAACUAGACGAAUGCGAGGAGACUACCCUGCACGACAUAAACAUGGAAGAUGAGAUGCGCAGAAAGCAGCAGCAACAAGCCCAAGAGGCGUAUGAUGAAGACGACGACAUGCCCGGAGGCGCCCAGAGAGUGCAGUGCGCUCAGCAGUAAUGUCAUGGUAAUUGCUUUCUGUUCUACUUUGGGUGGUAUGGGGUUGGGAAGGGUGAUGACUUGUUUUUGACAAGUUAGAUGAGACAAUAUUAUAAUUGCUUGUGUAUUAGGAAUAUCUGUUUAGCACAAAUGGUAUUUGCAAUCUUAAAUCUAUUUUAUUU